AUGAAAAAGAUAGUUUAAAGUAUUCUAUUAUAUUCUACAGUUUGCUUAUGCUACAAUUAAUGUACAUUAUAUCCUUUAGAUGCUAAAGCAUGUAUCGAAAAAACAACUACAUCAUGUAAAGAUAAUAAUUAAGUUUUUAGGCAUGUUUGAUGUUUUUGAAAACAAAUGCAGAGAAACAGAUCUAAAAGGAAUAGAAACUGGAUGCUUAUAAAAUAUGAAUAAAGUUGCUUGUUUAAAUUAACUUAAAAAUUAAAAUGAAGAAUUUUAAUGUUAUUUUGAUAUUAGAUGUUCGUAAGCUACUUAAAUUCAACUAUCAAAAAUGGGAUGCUCCUAAAAAUUUAGCAAGUAUGCUUGUUUGAAUGUCAAAAAUACUCCCUGUGGUUGGGACAAUGAAUGUAAAUAAAUUGAUUAUUAAUAAUCGAAUUAAAGUAGCUGUGAAUAAGUUUAUUAGAUUUCAUCAAAUUCUCAUUCAUGUGCUAUUUUAUAAGAAUUAUCAUGUUUAGCUUAUUUAUUAAAUUAGGUAUUAAUACUGGUUCUAAUGGGGAUUAUCGGUGUAUCACUGUGAACUAAAAUGAUUUAUAGAAUCUUGAUUGCACUUAGAUGGGUUUAACUUUAAACGCAUGUAUUUAAAUAAGCAAAAAUGGAUAAAAAUGUAUACUCUAAAAUCUAAAAUAUUAGGUAUUUUUUAAAAUUCAAAAUGCUAAAACACAGAAUUAUCAGAGGUUAUUUCUUGCGAUGAGAAAUUAAAUAAAGAAGCAUGUUUAUCUAUUAGCAAUCCUAAACUUCUUUGUUAAUGGAAUGGGAAAGCUUGCUAAAAUUAUGAUUAAAAUUAAUUAUCAAAUGAUUAAAUAGAAAAUGUCAAUAUUAGUGUUUGUUUGUUUCAAAAAGGAAAUUUUAGAUUUGAUGAGAAUGAGAAAUUUUGCUAUAAAGUAGAAAGCUAAGAUAUAAUAAAUAUGCCUUGCAAUACAAAAGGUUUAUCAAAAGAUGGAUGUUUAUCAAUAAAAUAAUAAAAUUGUGUUUUUGAAGACGUAUGUAAGGAAUUAAGUGAAUAAGAAUUAAAAGUUUAUUUUUGUGAAGCUUAAUUAAACGAAUCUGCAUGUAUAAAUAUAAAAACAGAAUUUUAAUAUUGUAUAUGGAAUGGGAAAAAGUGUGAAAGAUUGUUUAUAAAUUAAGAUUAAGAUUGUCCAAUAGAAUUUGAAGAUAAAGAAAUAAAAGUAAAUGGAAAUGUAUGUUAAGCAAUAUCAAAAUCAAAAGUUUCAUGUAAAUAUAAUGAAAAAACACAUUUAUGUAUGUUAGCAUAAUCAAAUGAUAUUUGUGAAACUCCUUUUAUAAAUAAAACUGGAUGUUUAAGUAUUAAUUUAAAUAAUUAAACAUGUUAAUGGACAUCUUAAGGAUGUAAAUUUAUAAAAAUAAUACAAUAUUAAACAACUUGUAAUAGUUUAGGAUUUGCUAAUUCUAUUGCUUGUUCUUAAGUUUAUGAAAAUAAAAAAAUUGGAUGUUAUUUUAAUAAAAAUAAAGAAUAAUGUGAUAGUUUAUUAAUAGAAAUAGAUGAAUAAGCUAAUUAAUAGAUAAAAGAAUAAAAUAUCAAUGAUUUGAGAAUCUUAAAUACAAUAAAUUGUAUUGAUUAACAAUUUGGAUUAAAUAGAAUUGCAUGUGCAUCAAUUACACUUGAAGGAAAAGCAUGUUUAUGGCGAUAAGANUUCUCAUGGAUUGAAUGAACAAGCUUGCAUAUCAAUCCAUAAAAGUGAUCAAUAUUGUAAUUACAUUUUUUUAAUUUUAGGUAUAUUUGAAAAUUUUCAAUGUCGAUCAAUUAACUUACUAGAAAUCCAAUCUUGUGAUUAGAAAUUAAAUCGUAAUGCUUGUCUAUCAAUUUAGAAUCCCUCAUUAAAUUGCUUAUGGGUUCAUUAAUCUUGUAUAAAAUAUUCUUUAAAAUAUAAUUCUAUUUGCGCAUAAUUAAAGGAUGUAAAUUCCUCUGUGUGUAGAAUAUAAAAUGGAUUAUGUAUGCACGAUGAAACACAUAAAAAAUGUGUAGCGAUUGAAGAAAAAGAUAUAAUAAAUAUGCCUUGCAAUACAAAAGGUUUAUCAAAAGAUGGAUGUUUAUCAAUAAAAUAAUAAAAUUGUGUUUUUGAAGACGUAUGUAAGGAAUUAAGUGAAUAAGAAUUAAAAGUUUAUUUUUGUGAAGCUUAAUUAAAUGAAUCUGCAUGUAUAAAUAUAAAAACAGAAUUUUAAUAUUGUAUAUGGAAUGGGAAAAAGUGUGAAAGAUUGUUUAUAAAUUAAGAUUAAGAUUGUCCAAUAGAAUUUGAAGAUAAAGAAAUAAAAGUAAAUGGAAAUGUAUGUUAAGCAAUAUCAAAAUCAAAAGUUUCAUGUAAAUAUAAUGAAAAAACACAUUUAUGUAUGUUAGCAUAAUCAAAUGAUAUUUGUGAAACUCCUUUUAUAAAUAAAACUGGAUGUUUAAGUAUUAAUUUAAAUAAUUAAACAUGUUAAUGGACAUCUUAAGGAUGUAAAUUUAUAAAAAUAAUACAAUAUUAAACAACUUGUAAUAGUUUAGGAUUUGCUAAUUCUAUUGCUUGUUCUUAAGUUUAUGAAAAUAAAAAAAUUGGAUGUUAUUUUAAUAAAAAUAAAGAAUAAUGUGAUAGUUUAUUAAUAGAAAUAGAUGAAUAAGCUAAUUAAUAGAUAAAAGAAUAAAAUAUCAAUGAUUUGAGAAUCUUAAAUACAAUAAAUUGUAUUGAUUAACAAUUUGGAUUAAAUAGAAUUGCAUGUGCAUCAAUUACACUUGAAGGAAAAGCAUGUUUAUGGCGAUAAGACUAAUGUAUCUAUAUAGAAAAAGCAUCUGAUAUUUAGAAUAUUCCUUGUUUACAUCUUCAAUUUGCUAAUUCUUAGGUUUGUGCUUAAGCAUCUUUUUAGUAAGAACCAUGUAGGUAUUUUUUAUAAGAAAAAGGUUGUGUUAAUUCUAUUAUUAAUAAUAUGAAAUGUGAUUAACCUGGUUUAAAUAAAUUUAGUUGUUCAUUAGCAACAGGUAGUUGUUAUUAUAAUUAUUAACAAAAAAAAUGUUUAACAGUCAGUACAGACAUAAAUAAAAUUCCAAAUCCUCUUGGAAUUCUUAGAUGUGAGUUAGAUUCUCCAACUUAGCUAUUAUGUUUAGCUAUAAUUACUCCAGGUGAAUUGUGUCUAUGGAAUAAAAGAUUAGAUUAAUGUUCUAAUAUUAAUAUUUAAUCUCUAAUAAAUAGAAGCUGCAAUGAUUUUACUAAUGUAAAUAGAAAUGUUUGUUCUUAAAUAACUUCAGAGUAUCCAGAUGAUAAAAACAAAGGAUAUUGCUAAUAUGAUUCUGAAAAAAAUUCCUGUUCAAUAAAAACAGAAUAUUGCACAACUAAAUGUUGUACCGAAAAUGGUGCCAUAGGAAUAAAUCCACAUUCAUGUAGCAAAUAUUCAAGCUAAGAAGAAGGAGAUUAUUGUUAUUUUAUUAACAAUAGAUGUAGAGAACUCACAAAUAAUGAGUGUGAUAUCUCAGAUCUUUCAGCAGUUAAGAUUUAUAUUAAUUCAUAAAAAUUUGACUGCCAUCAAUUGAAUAAAUCUUUAUGCCCACUACUUGAUUCUAAUCCUUCUAAAAGAUGUUUCUAUCUUGGUUCAGCUUGUCUUAACUUUAAACCUGCAAAUAAUUUUAAUUUUGAGGUAUUAACUGUAUUUCCAGCUCUGACAAACAAAUAUGUCUGUUAUUCAAUAGAAGCUUCGCUAUAAGACAAAAAUAAAUUUAAAUAUUUUGAUUAUGAUGAAGCAAAUUAACGUUGCAAAAUUGUCCAAUACCCUUAAGAUUUUAGUUUUAAUACUUGCGAAUAAGCUGUUGGUAAUAGAAACAUUUGCUUAAGAUACACUAGUAAAAACUAUUGUAAAUGGGAUGCUAUCAAAUUAAAAUGUGUAACUAUUUAAGAAGAUGAGUUAGUAGAAAUCACUUCUUGCAAUUAAAAUUAAAAUUUGAAAGCAUGCAUCUACAACUCUCGUUUAGCAUGUUACUUUUCUUAUGACUUUGAUCAAUGUCUUGAAUCACCAAAAAAUGUCAAUUGUGCAUAUUUUAACAAGGCAGGACCAGUUACAGAAUUAGUAUGUAAAUAAAUCACAAAACCAGGUUAAUUAUGCCAAUUUUAAGAUAAUAAAUGCAUAAGUCCAAAAAAAAUUCCUAGCUAUUGUGACAUAUAUGGUGCAAAUAUAACAUCUUGUUUAAAAAAUACAAGUAUAGAAUGUAGAUGGGAUUAAAAUUCAUCAGAAUGUUAUAAUAAUAAAACAGAUAUUUCAGAAUUAGGUUGUUUAGAUAAUUUAAAUAUAAUAAUGUGUCCAAAAAUAACAAAAGAAGCUUGUUUUUGGAAUGAAGAUGUAUCUUAAUGUUAAAUAUUCACUUCUAUAAGUAGUUAAUAAUUUUAAUAAUUGAAUUCUAAUAACUCAUAUAAUUUAAAAUCUUGUCUUUUAGUUCAUGGAGCUGGUUAUUAUUAUGAUAAAAAUACUAAUAAAUGUGUUUAAUUAAGUAAUAACAAUUAUAAAUGUGAUUAAUAUUAAAUGAAUGAAUAUGCUUGUUUAUAUUUGACUAAAACCAAUCGUUGUUAUUAUGAUUAAAAUUAAGAUCCACUAAAAUAAAAUAAAUGUAAAACUUUUAUAGCUGAAUAAACUAUUUGUAAUUCAUCUUUUCUUAUUAAUAUUGAUGUUUGUAUGGACAUACCUAAGUCUUGUAUAUUUAAUUUAGCUAAUCUUCGUUGUUAAUCAUAUGAAGUUGAAGAUACUACUACUUGCUCAUUUUUAAAUUCUUUACAAAAUAAAGGAUAGUUUCCUAAUAAACUUGCAUGUUCUUCAAUCAAUCCAGAUAUUAAAGAACCAUAUGGAAAUUAAUAAUGUUAUACAGAUAAAACAACUGGACAAUAAUGCAUGUAUGAAAGAUUUUGUUUUUUUGCAAAUUAUGGUUGUCAUAUUUUUUAAUUUCUAUUAUUCUAUUUUGACUAAUAAAACUAUUCAAAAACAAAAAUUAAGAUGUGUAGCUUUUCGGAAAGAAUAGAAUUUAGAGAAGAUGUUUAAGAAUGCUCAAGUGUGGUUUCAGAAAUGAAUUCCAUCAAAAUAGUUUAAGAUGGAAUUAAGUUGACUCCUAUUUAUGAUACCACCUUUUAAAAUUGUAAUACUGGAAGUAAAAAUGAAUACCAAAAGACAGAUUCUAGUUGGAGUAUUGAUAACAAAUUUGUUAGGCCACAAAGAUUUAACGAGGAUUGUAAAACUCCAUGUGGUAUAAAAGGUUAAUAGACAUUGAAUUGCAUUACAGAUUCUGACUGUAACAGUUAAUUUUUUUAGAAUUAUUAUAGAAAUUAUAUUUAGGAUUAAAACUGUUGGAUUAAAAAAUGUGUUUAUCAUCAGAAUUUAUGUUCUUAAAAUAAUGAAUGUUAAAAUUAUCCACAAUACAACUAUUCUAAAAAUCAAACAGAAGAUACAUCUGGUUCUUGUUAAAGUUAUUAUUGUAGUGGGGAAAAUGAUUGCUAUUGUGAAUAAACUAAACAAAAAUGCCGGACUUAUAAUGAUUGCCCAAAAUAUAUUCCGGAAUGGUAUAAUAAUUACAUAAAUAAAAAAAUAUGCAAAGAAAUAGAAACAUUUGAACAUAAGCCUUGGUGUAUCACAAAAGUAUUAAACAUAAUAGAUUGUUUUCCUAUAUAUUCAAUGGCACUUUGUCUAACAAAUUCUAAAUGUUUUUUUGAUAUAAAUUAAGGAGGAUGUAUGUAAUUGGAGAAUAAUUAACAUAAAGUACCUAAAUGUACUUCUAUGAUUAAUACUUGUAGAGCCAGUGCAUCUAUUAAGGCUAUAUGUUAAGCAUCAGAGAUAAUUGAGUAACCUGGACCUAUGUGUUAUUCUGUAUAAAUUUCAUAAACAAUUUGUAAAGAACUUUAAAGUUAUGUUCGUCCAUUUCCUUGUAGUAGUAUUAAAAAGGAAGAUGCUUAACCAAUAUUAUGUGCUCUUGCUAUGGAUAAUUGUAGAUUUAAUUAAUAAAUUUGUGUAAGUGAUUUAGAUAAAGGUAAGUGUAAUUGUGACAAUUCAUAUAGCAGAAGUUUAUGUUUGAAAUGUAAUUGUUUUUAUGAUUACUCUGGUUUCUGUUAAUAAGUAAAGCUGCCUCCAUAAUAUAAUUAAACAAAUAAGUAUUAUUUGUGUGAGGAAGUUAAUUUAUUGCCAACUUCUAAUAAAUAAUAAAUAUGUGGAUCUGUAGAAUAAGCAUGCAAAUAUGGAAUUAAAUGCGAGGAUGCCACUCAUAAUACUUGUGAUGAUUUAUUAGGAUUCACAGUAUCAUAAAAAGCAUGUACAAAUUGUAAAAGUUUUGCUACUAGAUAUGACCAAUCUAUUUAAUAAUGUUUAGCUGUUGAUGGCAAAACAUUUUUCAAAAAUUGUGAAAAUUUAAAUGAAUUAGCUUGCUUAUAAAAUACUUCAGGUGUUAUGUGUAGUUGGAAAGAUUUUAAAUGUACCCUUAUUGAAAGUAAAAAAAAAUAAAUUGAUCCUACUAAUUGCAAUUUAUUGAAUUAAUAAGCUUGUUCAUUAGAAUAAAUAAAUUUAUGUUGGUUUGAUUAAGAUAAAAAAUAAUGUUAGGAAUAUGAUCCUUUUAAAGGAAAAUGUAAUUAAUUAUUGAAUAAAAAUCUUUGUGAUUUAUCAAUGAUGGAAGCUUGUAAAUGGAAUAAUAAUAAUUGUGAAAAACUUGAAUAAAUACCGAGCAAAGUUUGUUCAGGUCUUAAUAAAUAUGCAUGUUUAAAUUAAGUAAAUAUCUCAUGUGGAUGGUCAGAUGAAAGAUAAAUAUGUGAAACAGUAUAAUUACAUUAUAUCUCUAAUAAUAAUUGUGAAAAAUUUUUAAGCUAUAAUCAAUACAAUUUAAUAAAAUUUAAUUCAUUUACCUGUACAAAGAUAAAUAUCAAAAAGAAUUGUUUAUUAGAUAAAUACUAUUAAUGCAGAGAAGCUAUAAUCACUGAUAUUCUAUUCUGUGAUUCUCCAGGUUUAAAUUCAGAAGCAUGCCUUUAAAGAACUUAAGGAAAGUGUAAAUUUGAUGGAUUUUGCUAAUAUACAAAUGAAUAAAAUCUAGGUUGUUAGACGAAUUUAAAUAAAUAUGCUUGCAUUUCCUAAACAUCUACUUGUAAAUUUAUUAAUUCAUGUUUAAAUUAUCCUGUUAAGCAAUAUACUGAUAUCAUAUCAAAAGAUAUUAAUUUUCCUUAUUCUAUAUCUGUAUGUUCAGUUUUAGAUGAUUUAGAAAAAUUUUCAACAUCCUUUAUUUAUAGUUAGUAAUUGGGGAAAUGUUUAGAUAUCUCUAAUAAAUCUCCAUAUAUUAAUAAUUGUCAGUUUAUUGGUAUUAAUCGAAAUUCCUGUCUUUCUAAAACAACAGUAUUUUGUGAGUUUUCAUAGAAGGAAUGUAAAGCAGUAAGUUAAAUAAAACUAAGAGCAAAAGAAUGUAUUGAAAAUUUAAAUUGGUUUGCAUGCGUAAACAUGGAUAUUCCAUGUAAAUUUGUAAAUUAUAAAUGUGUUCCACAAAAUGAGAUUGAAAGUUGUGUAGGUUUAUAAGAAGAAGGAUCAAUGGUUAAAUCAGAUGUUUGUUCUAAAACUGUUGAUGUACCAUGUGGUUAUGAUGAUAAGACAAAAAGAUGUAUGGUUUUAAAAUCAUAAAAUUAAUGCACCGCUCUUGGAAUUAAUAAAGAUGGGUGUAUUUUUAAUACAAAAGGAUCAUUUUGUAAAUAUGAAAAUAAAAAGUGUAUAGUUUCUUAUGAUGAUAGUAGAUGUAAUGAAUUAAUAAAUUAUGAUAAAUGUUUAGGAAUCAGAAGAUAAGAUUAAAAUUGUUAAUUUAAAUUAAAUAUAGGUUGUUAAAAUUUAGAUGAAACAAUAAUUGAUAUAACAAAAUGUAUGAAUAUCGAAACAAAUUCUCCUACUUGUUCAAAAGCACUUGAUAAUCCUUGUUAUUAUAACUUAGCUACAAAAUAAUGUUAAAUUUACGAGAAUCCAACAAAUGUUGUACCUAAGAGUAAAGGUUGGUCUAAUAGUUUAUCAUUUAAUGUUAAGACUUGUUAAAUUUAUAAGGUAAAUUUUAUGAAGACUUAUUGGAAUAACAUUUGUAAAGAAGUUUCAUCAAUGUAGCUCUUUACUNUACAAAGAUAAAUAUCAAAAAGAAUUGUUUAUUAGAUAAAUACUAUUAAUGCAGAGAAGCUAUAAUCACUGAUAUUCUAUUCUGUGAUUCUCCAGGUUUAAAUUCAGAAGCAUGCCUUUAAAGAACUUAAGGAAAGUGUAAAUUUGAUGGAUUUUGCUAAUAUACAAAUGAAUAAAAUCUAGGUUGUUAGACGAAUUUAAAUAAAUAUGCUUGCAUUUCCUAAACAUCUACUUGUAAAUUUAUUAAUUCAUGUUUAAAUUAUCCUGUUAAGCAAUAUACUGAUAUCAUAUCAAAAGAUAUUAAUUUUCCUUAUUCUAUAUCUGUAUGUUCAGUUUUAGAUGAUUUAGAAAAAUUUUCAACAUCCUUUAUUUAUAGUUAGUAAUUGGGGAAAUGUUUAGAUAUCUCUAAUAAAUCUCCAUAUAUUAAUAAUUGUCAGUUUAUUGGUAUUAAUCGAAAUUCCUGUCUUUCUAAAACAACAGUAUUUUGUGAGUUUUCAUAGAAGGAAUGUAAAGCAGUAAGUUAAAUAAAACUAAGAGCAAAAGAAUGUAUUGAAAAUUUAAAUUGGUUUGCAUGCGUAAACAUGGAUAUUCCAUGUAAAUUUGUAAAUUAUAAAUGUGUUCCACAAAAUGAGAUUGAAAGUUGUGUAGGUUUAUAAGAAGAAGGAUCAAUGGUUAAAUCAGAUGUUUGUUCUAAAACUGUUGAUGUACCAUGUGGUUAUGAUGAUAAGACAAAAAGAUGUAUGGUUUUAAAAUCAUAAAAUUAAUGCACCGCUCUUGGAAUUAAUAAAGAUGGGUGUAUUUUUAAUACAAAAGGAUCAUUUUGUAAAUAUGAAAAUAAAAAGUGUAUAGUUUCUUAUGAUGAUAGUAGAUGUAAUGAAUUAAUAAAUUAUGAUAAAUGUUUAGGAAUCAGAAGAUAAGAUUAAAAUUGUUAAUUUAAAUUAAAUAUAGGUUGUUAAAAUUUAGAUGAAACAAUAAUUGAUAUAACAAAAUGUAUGAAUAUCGAAACAAAUUCUCCUACUUGUUCAAAAGCACUUGAUAAUCCUUGUUAUUAUAACUUAGCUACAAAAUAAUGUUAAAUUUACGAGAAUCCAACAAAUGUUGUACCUAAGAGUAAAGGUUGGUCUAAUAGUUUAUCAUUUAAUGUUAAGACUUGUUAAAUUUAUAAGGUAAAUUUUAUGAAGACUUAUUGGAAUAACAUUUGUAAAGAAGUUUCAUCAAUGUAGCUCUUUACUUUAAAAUGUACUUCACUCUUAAAUUUUUUCUCUUGUGUAAAUUUAAGAACACCUUUUGAAAAUUGCAAAUACAUUAAUAAUUAAUGUAUUGAAAUUGAUUUGAAUACAUAUGAACCUGAAAAUUGUUCAAGUAUCAUAAAUGUAAAUAAUGGUAUUCUUUGUUCAAUGGCAAAAGAUGUUGCAUGUAAAUAUGAUUAGAAUACUUUUAAAUGUGUACCUGUUGGAGGGAAUGAAAAUACUUUUUGUGUUACUACUAGACCUGAAUAUGUUGGUUAUAAUAGAUUAGCCUGUUCAAGAAAUCCUUAAUGCGUUUUUGUUGAUUAAUGUUUUAAAUUUGUUGAAGGAAAUUAUUACUUCUGUGAAUAAAUUGAUUAGUUUUCAAACUGUAAAUUAGUUUAAUUAGAAGGAUGCUAUGAAUUAAAUAAUUAAUGUAUAUCCAUCUCAAAAUCUUUAUCGCAAACUCUUUAGUGUAAUUCAGUUAUGAAUCCUAUGGGUUGUGUUUAGUUAUAGACUUAAGGAUAAUAUUGUCGAUAUAUUUAAAAUUAAUGUAUUUAAGAAAAUUUGUAUAAUUAUAAGAAAAAGAAAUGUUCAGAAAUCUCUUAAAUUAACAGUCCAUAAUUCUGUGAGAAAACUGUUGAUGAACCAUGCUUCUAUAAUUAUGAAACGCAUUCUUGUAAUGCUAAAAUAGAUCAAUUUUAAGAUUUUGAAUGUAUUAGAGGUUUGAAUAAAAUGGCUUGUCUAUAAAACACCUAUCAAGAUUUUUAGUGUUCAUUUUUUUAUUAUUGUUAUGGUCCUAACGAUCUUAUUCUAAAUUGUAAUUAAGAUAGUAUAAAUUGUUGUACUCUAGCUAAAACCAUGGAAUAAUGCUUAUUUUAAACUUAAUUUAAUUGUUUAUGGUAAAACAAUUAAUGUUAUGAAUAUCUUGAAUAACUUGAUAAUAUUGAUUGUAAUUCACUUACUAAUGUAUCAAGAAGUGUAUGUUAUUCAUUGAUAGAUAAAUUCUGUAUUUUUGAUAUAAACAAUCUAAAAUGUUAAGAGAUUACACCAAAUACUUGUAAUAAUGUGUAAAAUCCUAAUCAAUGUAGUAGAAUAGAAACUAUUCCAUGUUAUUGGGAUUUUAAAGAACAAGAGUGUAGAAUUAAAUUUAAAAGUUUAUCAGAUACAUGUCAAGAUAUUGCUUAAAUGUAUGGAAAUUAAAGAGCUUGUAUUGAUGUAGAAAGAGAAGGAGAAUAUUGCUAAUUUAUUGAUUUUACUUGUUCAACUUUCACUGAAGAUAAGGUAAAUAACAAUUGUAUUGAAUAAAUUAAUAAAAAUUCAUGUUUAAAACAAACAUAAUCUUUAUGUUAUUGGAAAGAAGAUGUACUUAAUUUCUAAAGUGAAGAUAACUCAAAUACUUCAGUUUAAAUUGGUUUUUGUGAAUUAUUUAAAUCAUAAGAAUCCUCUAAUUGUGAACCUAAUCUUAGCUAUUUAUCAUGUCUCAAUAUAACAACAAAUAUUAUAUAUUGUUAAUGGAAAGACUAGAAAUGUUAAAGUUUUACAGAUUACAAUUCGCUUAAUACUUAAAUUAUUUCUUAAAUUAAUUGUAAUACAUGCAAUCUAAUUACAAAUGGAAAUUCUAUUAUUUUUGAUCCAUAAUUUUUUAGAUGUAUUACUGUUAAUGACCAUAAAAUUUUAUAAUGUAAUCCUCCAUUACCUGGAACUAAUAUAGAUGCUUGCUUAAAAGUUUAGUAUUAAGAAUGUAAAUGGGAUAAUACACAUAAAAUUUGUACCAUUUUCGAAUUGAUUCAAUAAGAGAAACCUUCUCGUUAAAUAAAUAAAACUUCUUCUUGUAAUAUAAUUUACGCCAAUCAAAAAGCUUGUUAAAUGUUAUAAUUGUAAGAAUCUUGUGGAGCUUAUGACCAAGGAUGCUAAUAAGUUGAUUUAUAAUCUAUUAAAUGUAAUCAUUCGGGAUUAAAUUAAUUUGCAUGUUUGAAUCUUAUAAGUUAACCUUGUAGAUGGGUUGAAGAUUAAGAUAAUGGAGAAUCAUAUUGUGAAGAAUUCAUUCCUUUUGAUUUUUGUCUAAGACAACCUAAUUUGGUAAAUGAUGUUGUAUGUAGUUUGGUUGGUAAUAAUGAUCCUUGUGUUUAUAAUGAAAUUACAAAUUAAUGUUAAGCACCUUUAGAUUAUUAUUCUAAUUGUUAAGUUAGAGGUAUUAAUUUAUAUGCUUGUAUUUAAAUUGAUAAUUGUUUAUUUAUGAAUGGAUAAUGUAUUACUUAUACUCCAAGUAUGAAAUUAGAAUGUCAUGCUGCAAAAAAUGCUAAUUAUAAAGUUUGUUCAUAAAUUAUGGAUAAAGGAUGCAAAUACAGUUAGAUUAGUUAAGGAUGUAUGAAUUCAUCAUCCUUCGAUAGUUGCGACACUCUUGGAUUUAAUAAAAAAGGUUGCUUAUAAUCUUUUGGCUGUGAAUGGACUUAUAAAGGUUGCGAGUGCUCAGAAUAUUUAGAAUUAAUUAAACCAUGCAAUUAAAUUACAGAUAGUAACAAAUGUAAAAAUGACGACUAAUGUACUUUUUUAGUUUUUUAACCAAAUUAAUCAAAGUAAAUUCCAGAUUCAACUUAAGGGAGAUGUAUUUAAAAAACUUGUGAUUAAUUCGAUUCUAAUUAAUGUGAUAACAAAAUUAUACAUAAAUAGAAAUGUUAUUUAAAUUUAUAAGGAGAGUGUUUAUCUGCAACUGAAUGUAAAUAAAUUCAAAAUUCAAAAUUACACUGUUCUUAAUUUGUUUUUCAAAAUCUACCUUGUAUUAAUAUUGGGGAAAAAUAUUGUGGUAACUUUAUUUCAUGCGAAUCAAUUUUAAAAAAAGAAGAAUGUCUCUUAUAUCAAGAUUAUUGUUUCUUUACAACAGCAUGCAUUUCUUACACAUGCAAAGAUUAUAAAACUGAAGAUAAAUGUCUACAUAAAUAAUGUAGUUGGAAUUAAAUACAAAUUAAAAAAUAGCAUUAAUGUAUUGACUAAAUACCUUGUGAUUUAAUAACUUCUGAAAAUACUUGUAAUUAGAAUUUUUAUCAAAAUAAAAAAUGUACUUGGCUGAGUUCUUUGAGUGAAUGUUCAUAUUAAACUUGUAAAGAUUUAACUGAUAUCUGUGAAGGUAAAUAAAUUUCAUAAUAUGUUUGUGUUUAAUUAAAUGAUAAUUCAUGUGUUUAAUGUGAAGAAAUUAAAGACUAUUGCAUUUGUUUGAAUAAAAGUUAUUAUUGCAAAUAUAAUUAUUAAACAAAUAAAUGUUAAUCUUUAAGUUGCUAAAGUUAUACUAAAGAAAAUUGCCCACCUGAACGAUGUUAGUUUGACUCAAACAAUAAAGUAAUUAAAUAAAUUAAUUAGAUUUGUCUUCCUUAAUGUUAAUUUCAUUUUAAUAAAUAUUAAUGUGAGUAAAAAGAAUCGUCUUGUAAAUUUAGUAACUAAUAAUGCUAACAAAUCGAAACUAAACCAUAGGAAGAAGAAGAAAUCAUAAUAAAACGAAUACCAAACCAAACUUUAAUAAUUUUAUAACCUAUAUUAUUUUGGAUUCUAAUUAUACAAUGA